GGAAAGCAAGAAGAUGCCCUAGAAACCCUAGAGCGAGAGAGAGAGAGAGAGAGAGAGAGAACCAUGAGACGAACCCUGCUGAGAAAUGCUUCACUCUACACUCGCAACCUUCUCCACUCUUCUUCUACCACCGCCUCCUCCACUGCCACUCCCACCGCACUCGCCGCUUCAACUCGCUUACGACUCAGACUCUUCUCCUCCGAUGAAAACCCUCAUCCGGUUCCCAAAACCAAUGCUGCCCUUGAAGUCGAAGACGUCGACAACAAAGUGCUGAAGACGCAGAUCGAGAACUACUUCAACGGCGACGAUCAGGCACUUCCGUCUAUCAUGGAAGCGAUUCUGCAGAGGAAGUUGUCGGGGAAGCACGAGGAGACGGACGAUGAGUUAAUGGACGAACUCAGCAUGCAGCCCAUUGACGGCGUUGAGGACGAAGAAUUCGAGUCCGAUUUCGAAAAUAUGCACGAAACCGAUGAGGAGAUCGAUGAUUUAUACGAUGCUAGGGACGUGGUGAUGAAGAGGAUGGCUCAUGACGAGUAUUUCAACAUGGAUGAUAAAAAGUGGGACGACAUUGUUGAGGAAGGAGUAAAGCAUGGUUUUCUUAGGGAUACGAAGGAGUGCGAGGAGAUUCUCGAGGAUAUGCUUAGCUGGGACAAACUCCUCCCUGAUGAGAUAAAACAGAAGGUGGAAAUAAAAUUUAAUGAGUUUGGAGACAUGUGUGAAAGAGGGGAACUUGAACCUGAACAAGCUUAUGAGCAGUUUAAGAAGUUUGAGGAUGAGAUGGUUGCGGAAUACAUGAAGAUUAUGGAGAAAGAGGAGGUCCCGCGGUUUGAUGACACUGCUGUCCCAGACAAGAAAAAGGAUUUAGAUGAUCCCCCGGGGGAAGGUCCUAUUUUGAGGUGGCAAACUAGGGUAGUCUUUGCUCCUGGUGGCGAUGCUUGGCAUCCAAAAAACAGGAAAGUGAAACUAUCUGUUACUGUGAAGGAGCUUGGACUUUCAAAAUACCAAUUCCGCCGUCUCAGAGAAUUGGUUGGGAAACGUUACCAUCCUGGGAGAGAUGAGCUUACGAUAACUAGCGAGAGGUUUGAACAUCGAGAAGAAAACAGAAAGGACUGCUUAAGGACUCUUCUCUCCCUCAUUGAGGAGGCUGGGAAAGCUAAUAAACUAGUAGAUGAUGCCCGGUCUUCAUAUGUUAAGGAGAGACUCCGAGCCAAUCCAGCUUUCAUGGAGAGGCUGCAUGCCAAGUCCUUGAGAUUGCGAGAAUCUAAUCAGGUUCCUGCUUGAGGUUUCAAGCUCCAAAGUCUGAAUUUUUGAACUUGCACUCCCUUUAGUUUGUUGUUGCUCCCAGAUUUUAUUUUCUUUUAUGAUUAUUAUCUUUUUUUAUUUAUUUGUAUCAUGGUUUCUAGCUGCGGAAACAACCUCUCUGCAUAUAGGAUAAGCCUGCAUACAUCUGACCCUCCCAAGAGCCCACAAUGAUAGGAGACUCGUGCACUGGGCUGACCUUUAGUCAUAUCUUUCAUAUUUGGUGUUUAAUAUCGUGGAUGAAUUUUUGCCUUUAGCUAAUUGACUUUUACACAUAUUUUAGAGUUAUUUGUGUUUUCAACAAUAAUAUCAUUUAAUGUAUAUAACUGAUGGUCACUGGGAUACUGAUAAUGAAGAUUAAGGGACUACUUAU